CCCAAAAGAAAAAUACAUGAUAUCUGCAUUUCAGGGCAAAGUGGAUAAAGAAAAGGAAAGUAGUGAUAAAAAAGAUAAAGAUGAUAAAUCUCCCAGCAAGUCUGCAAGAGUCCAUCGGCUUUCAAAGUCUCCAGCUCACCCGGUAUCUUCAGACAUUUCACCAGUAUUAAUUGGAGUUGGAACAAGAGGCUGUGAGCAAGACAAUUCGACAGAAGGCCAUUCCAUUCUCAAUGGAGUACAAGGUUCUGGAUGCUCUGAGGAGAGUGAUGAUGAUGAUGAUGACGAUGACGAUGAUGAUGAUGAUGAUGAUGAUGAUGGCACAGGAUGUGAAGCCACCUGGAGAAAAGAUCCACACCAGGACACAACAAUGCAGGAAAGGAAGGAGCAAGCCUUUCAGGACCAGAGGAACCUUCCUGCUGCUGGAAUGCCUCUCGCUAGUGUCAAGUUGGGAAGUAUUUCAGACCCCCUAGAAUGGGUAAGAAGGGGGAAAUGUUCUGAAGACGAGGAGGAGGAAACUGUGAGAUUGAAACCCACAGGUCAGAAAGAACCAAAAGAGAGGAGGGCAACGUCACAUAUGAAGCGUUCCCGGAGGAAACGGGUUGGAGCUGAAGACUGGACACAAAAGGGGUCACCUAACUGCAAGGGUGAGAGGUCAAAAGGCAAAGAAUCACUCCUCAACAUCACUAGCAGCAGCAGCAGCAGCUCCGAUGAGGAUGGUGAAAGAAUUGAAAUGAAAAACUCCCCCACCAGAAAACACAAUGGAUUACAGGAAAAGAGGAAACCGCUGCACACCACUUCGUUUUCCAGUUUCUCAGAAAUGCCUGAGAAAAGGAUCAAGCUUUUAAAUAGUUCCGAAUUAAGGGUCCAGAAUGCAAAAGUGAAGGACCGGAAAGACGUAUGGUCAAGUAUCCAGAUCCAGUGGCCAAAAAAGGUUCUAAAGGAGCUCUUCUCUGAUUCUGAUACUGAGACCACGUCGAGCCCACCUGUGGCACCAGAAGAGGCAAAGGCUGAUGGACCAGCCAAGACUGCCAAAGAGGAGGAGAGGUUGCCAGCCUUGGAAGUCGAAACUGCACCAUCACUUAUCUCCCCUAUCAGACCCAGCGAGGAGAAACCAGCUGAAAAGUUGGAUAAGAAGGGAGAAAUGCCCAGCAGUGGUAGUAACUCUGUGCUCAAUACGCCACCCACCACCCCUGAGUCUCCAGUCUCAGUUACAGUGACAGAGGCCACCCGGCCACAGCCAAACACUGUGCUCGCUCAAACCUUGGCUCCAAGCCAGGAGGAAGUCCAGAGCAUUAAGAGUGAAACUGACAGCACCAAUGAGGUGGAUAGCGUGACAGGGGAGCUGCAAGAGGGACAAUCUGAAGGCAAUGUUUCCCCAACAGGGUUUGAUGCCAGCAUUAGCUCCAGCAGCAGCAAUCAACCCGAGCCAGAACAUAAGGAAAAAGGUAAGCGAUCACAUGGAAACAAAUCUCAGAUGUUGCAAAGAGUUUGCUAGAAAUUUUUAGCUGUG